CUUUUCCGUGACGCAAUCGACCCAAGUGGUUGUCUGCAACUUUUGGAGGACAUUCCUUCAACAUCACGCUUUGCACAAACUCACAGCUAUCCCUUGAAAGCUAUCCCAUCUUCUAUGCUGCCUCCAGAUCGGCAGCCUCAACAUACGAAUGAGACCGCGAAGCGGUUAGAGUUUGAAUUGAAAACUCUUUUGCAAUCCCUGGCUGUAUCCCUCUUCGGGUCUU